AUGUGCGACGAAGAGGUAGCAGCACUUGUGGUCGAUAACGGAUCGGGAAUGUGCAAGGCUGGUUUCGCUGGUGAUGAUGCUCCCCGCGCCGUUUUCCCAUCAAUCGUCGGUCGUCCUCGUCAUCAAGGCGUUAUGGUUGGGAUGGGACAGAAAGACUCUUACGUCGGUGAUGAGGCCCAAUCUAAGAGGGGCAUCUUGACGCUCAAGUACCCUAUUGACCAUGGAAUCGUCACCAAUUGGGACGACAUGGAGAAAAUCUGGCACCACACUUUUUACAACGAACUUCGCGUUGCUCCAGAAGAACAUCCUGUACUCCUCACCGAAGCACCACUCAAUCCAAAGGCCAAUCGCGAGAAGAUGACCCAAAUCAUCUUUGAAACAUUCAACUCGCCCGCGAUGUACGUCUCUAUUCAAGCGGUGCUUUCGCUCUAUGCUUCUGGACGCACCACUGGUAUUGUUCUUGACUCUGGUGAUGGGGUGAGUCACACUGUUCCAAUCUAUGAGGGAUACGCUCUUCCACAUGCCAUUCUUCGCUUGGAUCUCGCCGGUCGUAACCUUACAGAGUAUCUGAUGAAGAUUCUUACUGAACGUGGUUAUGCAUUCACUACAACGGCUGAGCGCGAGAUCUGCGACAUUGACAUCCGAAAGGACCUCUACGCCAACAAUGUGCUCUCUGGAGGAACUACCAUGUACCCAGGAAUUGCCGAUCGAAUGCAGAAGGAAAUCUCUGGACUUGCCCCAAGCUCUAUGAAGGUGAAGAUCGUGGCCCCGCCCGAGCGCAAGUACUCUGUGUGGAUUGGUGGAUCGAUUCUCGCCUCGCUUUCUACCUUCCAGCAAAUGUGGAUCUCAAAGCAAGAGUACGACGAAACUGGCCCUUCUAUCGUCCAUCGCAAGUGCUUC